AUGCAUAAGUUGCCAAAUAAUGCACUCUUUUACUGGCGUUGGACUCGAGAUCAUUGCCAGAGCAUGUGCUCGUGGCUUGCUUGGUUUGCUAUGAAUUUACUUAAUUUCUGUGGCUUAUGGUCGCCUUGUAGAACUGUUCGCAACAAGUCUGACAUCGAACGUGGCGUUGGUACGACUGCCGCAGUGAUUGCUGAGUUGAGACCUGGUGAUCUGACCACACCAAUGGCCGACAACAUCAAGAAGACAUCUACUGGUGCUGGCUCUUCCGCUACUGCAACGCAAGUACAUAAGGUGAUAAUGGUUGGCACAGGUGGAGUUGGAAAAUCAGCAUUAACUUUGCAGUUUAUGUACGAUGAGUUUGUGGAGGAGUACGAACCAACAAAGGCGGAUUCAUAUCGGAAGAAAGUUGUGCUUGAUGGUGAGGAAUGUUUGAUAGAUAUUCUAGAUACUGCGGGGCAAGAAGAUUACUCUGCCAUCAGAGAUAAUUAUUAUCGAAGUGGUGAAGGAUUUAUUUGUGUGUUUUCAAUUACGGAUAGUGAAUCUUUCGAUGCAACCAAUGAAUUCAGAGAGCAAAUUUUGCGGGUGAAAAACUCUGCCAUAGAUUCAUGUAUUCCAAUAAUGCUCGUUGGAAACAAAUCAGAUUUGACGGCUGAACGGUCGGUAUUACAGAUACAGGCACAGCAAAGAGCUGAGCAGUGGAACGUGCCAUAUAUAGAAACAUCAGCUAAAAAUAGGACUAACGUUGACAAAGUAUUUUAUGAUUUAAUGCGGGAAAUCAAACGGCGGAAAGGUGGCACGCUGAAAGGAAGCAUAGGUGGUGGUGAUGUGAUUCUCCGUGAUAAACCACGCAAGAAAAAACGUUCAUGA